GGGUUAGGGGCUUGAGUGCUGGGUGUCAGAAGCUGGAUCCUGCUUUAGUGGAAGUGUCCCUUUAACAGUCGCUGGCCUGGCCUGGCUCGGGCCCUGCUUUGCCUCCUGUUCAGCUGUGACUGCAGCUACCAUGCUGACUCAUGUGCCCGCAGCUAGCAGGAGCUGGCAGCAUGGGCUCCCCAGGGGCUACGACAGGCUGGGGGCUUCUGGAUUAUAAGACGGAGAAGUGGGCUCUCCUCGCCAAAAAAGGCUACCAGGACCGGGAUCUUGACCCCCAGAUUUCCGUCAUCACCAAACUCAAAGGGGUUUCCGUGACUCAGAUCGAGGAACUUGGAAACCGGCUGUGGGAUGUGGCCGACUUCGUGAAGCCACCUCAGGGUGAAAACGUGUUCUUCCUGGUGACCAACUUCCUUGUGACGCCAGCCCAAGUUCAGGGCAGAUGCCCUGAGCACCCCUCUGUCCCACUGGCUAACUGCUGGGUCGACGAGGACUGCCCCGAAGGGGAGAGAGGCACGCACAGCCACGGUGUAAAAACAGGCCAAUGUGUGGUGUUCAAUGAGACCCACAGGACCUGUGAGAUCUGGAGUUGGUGCCCAGUGGAGAGUGGCGUUGUGCCCUCGAGGCCCCUGCUGGCCCAGGCCCAGAACUUCACACUGUUCAUCAAAAACACAGUCACCUUCAGCAAGUUCAACUUCUCUAAGUCCAAUGCCUUGGAGACCUGGGACCCCACCUAUUUUAAGUACUGCCAUUAUGAACCACAACUCAGCCCCUACUGUCCCGUGUUCCGCAUUGGGGACCUCGUGGCCGAGGCUGGAGGGAACUUCGAGGACCUGGCGUUGCUGGGUGGCUCUGUGGGCAUCAGGAUUCACUGGGAUUGCGACCUGGACACUGGGGACUCCGGCUGCCGGACUCACUACUCCUUCCAGCUGCAGGAGAGGAGCUACAACUUCAGGACAGCCAAUUACUGGUGGGAGCAACCGGGUGUGGAGGCCCGCACCCUGCUCAAACUCUAUGGAAUCCGCUUUGACAUCCUCGUCACUGGGCAGGCAGGGAAGUUCGGGCUCAUUCCCAUGGCCGUCACACUGGGCACCGGGGCAGCUUGGCUGGGAGUGGUCACCUUUAUCUGUGACCUGCUGCUGCUGUAUGUGGAUAGAGAAGCCCAUUUCUACUGGAGGACAAAGUAUGAGGAGGCAAAGGCCCCGAAGGCAACCGCCAACUCUGUGUGGAGUGAGCUGACCCUUGCAUCCCAAGCUCGACUGGCCAAGUGCCUUAGACAGAUCUCAGCACCUGCACCCACGGCCACUGCUGCUGGGAGUCAGACACAGACACCAGGAUGGCCUGGUCCAAGUUCUGACACCCACUUGCCAGCCCAUUCCUGAAGCCCGUAGCCGUUCCCUGCUGGUUGAGAGUUGGGGGCUGGGGAGGGUGGGGCCCUGCCUGGGGAUCUCAAGGAUGAGGCCCCAGCAUGGAGGAUUGGGGGUAGAAUUCCACCCUUGAACCCCAGCAGACAGUCCCUCCCCUGACUCCUGCCUUAGCAGGAUGCUGCCUCGUGGAACCACAGAAGUCAGUCACAGAAGUCAUACUUAGGAAGCUGUCUGAGCGCAGCUGCUCAAGGGAGGCCCUGACUCUGAUCCCAGGCUGGGUGGAGUGGCUGGAAGGAAUGGUUCCAAACACCACCACCGAGAUCUCCCUCAGGCUGGCUGGGUUUCGCAGCUGGAAUUCGCCUCUUGGUCCCAAGGCGGGGCAGGGAAUUCUAAUUGUCCACCCCAGGGAGGCAAGGGGCUGCUUUCCAUUGUGGGUACCUGGUGGUCAGGACAUGCUGUGGAGGGCCAGGUGUGGGGCUGAGGCUGGGCUGACAUCUGGAAUCAUCUGCCACCUGGAGCCUCAGUAAAAUGCCUGGGGUCCCUGCUGCCUCUCAAUCCCCAGAGCCAUGUCCCUCGGGAGCUGGGCUCUGAAGGGCUAGGGUGGGAGAGUGUGGCCCCUGAGGCCUGGGUAUCCAAGGAGGGGCACAUGCACCUGAUUCUCCUUGGGGCCCAGAGAAAGCUGAUGUCAUGGCUGGAGAAAGUCGCGGAGUAAAGCCAGCAAAGCCACCCUC